GUGGGGAAGAGCAGCUCCUGAAACUUUAUUGAGCGGGACUUUUCGUCGAGUCCCGCUCUGAGCACGAGCGGGGUGGCGUUUCUCUUCGAGGAGCGCCAUUAUCGCCCGAUUGGUCGAUGCUGCUGGAUGCCCAACGCCGCUCCCUCCACCCACACCACCCUCCCAGUCACUGAACGUCAGCUGCCGGAGAGCGGGCCAGGGUGAUUUAAACACGGACAGAGAGAGAAGGUGUUUCUGUGAGAGACAGGAGCGUCUCCGGAAAGAGUGCGAGUGCACACUGUAGACAUCCACAGGGUGGAGCAAAGCCCACCCAACUUUCUUUCAUUUCUUUUUUAAAAUAUAUUCCCAACACUCCCCUUCCCCUGAACAAAGUUUUGACAUCCCCACCAAAAAGAAAAAGCAAAAAAAAAAAAAAAAAAAAAGCAAAAACAACAACUAUUUAUCACCCCACAUGUCCGAUUGGCUCUACUUGACGUUUCUUUUUAAAGCAACAAGUGUUGUCGGCUACGAGCAGAUUUGUCUUCUGAUUCUUUUUUCCACACAGGAGGGAAAAAAAGACAUACCAAUGAUAUAUUAGCUACCGUGGUCACUCGGUGUGGCACCGCAGUGACACCAGGACUGCCAUGAUCGUGUCCAACGUGAGCCUGAGCGGCUGCGCGGAUUUCAACAGCGCUCUGUGUGCCGGAGCCGGGGAAGGGCACCUGGGGGGCGGAUCAUACCGGACCACUCUCACCCCGACUGGGAACCUGGUAGUGGCUGUGUGCCUGGGCUUUAUCGGCACUUUCGGACUUAUUAACAACCUGCUGGUGCUUGUUCUUUUCUGCCGCUACAAGAUGCUGCGGUCGCCCAUCAACCUGCUCCUGAUGAACAUUUCCAUCAGCGACCUGCUGGUGUGCGUACUGGGGACUCCGUUCAGCUUCGCGGCCAGCACGCAAGGAAGGUGGCUCAUAGGGGAACGGGGCUGCGUGUGGUACGGCUUCGCCAACUCGCUCUGUGGCAUUGUGUCCCUCAUCUCCCUGGCUGUCCUCUCCUAUGAGCGCUACAGCACCAUGAUGGCUCCCACUGAGGCGGACUCCUCCAACUACCGUAAAAUCUCCCUUGGCAUCAUCAUGUCCUGGGCGUACUCACUUAUCUGGACCCUGCCGCCGCUCUUCGGCUGGAGCCACUACGGCCCAGAGGGACCUGGGACCACCUGCUCUGUCGACUGGACAGCCAAGACAGCGAAUAACAUCUCUUACAUCAUCUGUCUGUUUAUAUUCUGCCUCAUCGUGCCCUUCCUGGUGAUUGUGUUCUGCUACGGAAAGCUACUGUCUGCCAUCAGACAGGUGAGCGGGAUCAAUGCGUCGAUGAGCAGGAAACGUGAGCAGCGCGUGCUAUUCAUGGUGGUGAUUAUGGUGAUGUGCUACCUAAUAUGCUGGCUGCCUUAUGGCAUCAUGGCCCUACUGGCCACCUUCGGCCCACCGGGCUUGGUCACACCGGAGGCGAGCAUCAUCCCCUCAGUCCUCGCCAAAACGAGCACGGUCAUCAACCCAGUCAUCUACGUCUUCAUGAAUAAACAGUUUUACAGGUGCUUCCAAGCCCUGCUGCAGUGUGAAGCUCCUCGACGAGGCUCCAGCUUAAAGAGUUCCUCCAAGGUCCCCACCAAGGCCAUGAGGGGAGUAGCAGGAACUGGUCCCCGCCGUACUAACAACUUCCUAUUUAUGGUAGCCUCAUUGGGUCAUCCAGCUGCCACAGUCCCCCAACUGGGGCUCUCAUGUGAACCUACUAUCGAUAUCACAAAAGCCCCUUCUUCAGACAAUAAACCUGUUGUAGUCUCACUAGUGGCUCACCGUGAUGGCUGACAAUUGGUUAUAUAAUCAUAAAACCCUAAGGUCCCCAUCCAGGAGAUCAGUGAAAAUGAACCAGGUGAGUUACUGAGCCUUAAAAAGCGGCGGUCUGCCAGUCCAGGUGGAUUCAACGUGGCUCCAGCAUUAACUCUGGCCUGCCUAGUACAGAUGAUAGAUCAGUAACAAAGGUCUGUCUCUGGACAAGGCCUCGGACUGUCUCUGGAAAAUGUGAGCAACAAUCAGAGAUGACAGUAAAUCUGCAGAAGCUGGGAGUCUGUAUUUUUUACGGAGAAAAGAAACACUCAUGACCCUUUCUUAGAAAGCACAUUUAAAGGAUGCUCUUAUCAGAGUUCUGGAGAAAGCACUGUCAGACUGUAAUAAAAGAGGAAUUAUAAGGAUCAUUUUGUGCAAUAUCUCAUUCUCUUAAAAUGUCAUAACAAUAGCGUGUUCAGGAGUGCAGGGGAAGGGCUAUGAUAGGUCUGUACUGAUUGUUACUGACAGCAGUUACAAAGUGAAGUGAAAUUGAAGAACACCAGCCACUUAUGACUCCAAGCUUUUUGAAGCCCUUCAGAAUGAGAUGACUUUAAUAAUCUGUGCAAGGGGAUUGCUUUUGCAGCACUUGCACAAAUAAAACAAAGUUGUAAAAUUACACAAGAACACAAGAAAAUGUAAUGCAAUAAAAGUACCUGAGAAACCACAGAGGUGCAAACUUAGAUGGAAGUGGUAAUAACUUUACCACUACAGAGUGGCAAACUCUAUAGAAAACUAUAGAGUUGAAGUCUUCAAACCAGCAAUAGUAGCGGUCACAACAGUUACAAGAAAAAAAUCAAACGAAUGCGAAGAAGUCAAAGUGUUAAAUUGGAUAAAGAGGAGUAGCAUUCACAAUUAAAUUGUUUAAUAAAAAGUUAAUUGUACAUUUACCAUUGCUAGCAUGCUGGGGGUGUUUGGAUUUUUUUCAGGGAGAUAGACUUUAGAAAGAAAUACUGUAACUGCAAGUUGGAAAUCACUGUACAGCCCAUUUAGUAAUGGCUGUGAAUGUGCAGUCUAAUAUAAAGGAGUUUGAUGAAAUGCAGCAUCUGGCAAUGUUAAAUAGUUAGCACUUGUAUACCUCAAAAAAAUAUAUUCAUGCUGUGUUUUGUUAUCAGAGAUUUUUAAAUGUGUAUUUAGAGGAAAGAGGUAACAUCCUAAAAUGUUAGUAGAAGAUUCAGAUAACUACGAGUUUAGUUUAUUGUUCAUAAGCAUGCUGUCUGCAAAGUUUGGACACAAAUCAGCUUGGCUCAUAAUCUUCACAGUAGCUGAUAUAUUUAUUUUCUCAAGAGUCAUUCUGCAGAGUUUUGCAGUUCAAGAAUCAGUAUCACAUCUGACAAUGUGAAAGUACUCCAAAGUGUCUCCAAAGCACUCCACUGCAAGCAACUCGUAUAAGUUAAAUGGAAAGAAUUUUGUUUUCCAUGCAUUUGUCAGCAUCUUUUUUGGAUUUUUUUUUUUUUGCUAAGAAAUUUAAAAUUUCUCCCUUCUUGAAAUGCAAAGAUUACAGUUUGUUUAAGCUGUAUAUGGUGUGGAGCCAUUUUUGCUACUGCAUACAACAAACACCUGUUGGCUACAACAAUGACAGCAAUGACAGGUGAGGUGAAAAACAUUGUCUCAUUACCAAUCUGUGUGUAGGAAUUAUUGGGCAGCAACAAUCAACAUUUUUUGAAGUCCAACCUAGAAAUAGCUUGCAAACAAGAAGAAAUGGUAAGUGUGCCCAUUUUUCUUGGUCAGCUUCUAAUGGCUGGACAACUGGACUACUAGCAUUUCCAAAAUAGUGAUUGUUGUGAAUUUUUCCCAAAAGCGAGCUAAAGAACGAAAACAAGUAAACCAGCAACAGGGUCAUGAGCACCCAAGACUCACUGAUGCACGAUGAUUCCUUGAAAGAGGGUUGAAGGCUGAAGAACACAUUUUCUUUUCCAUUAUGUUGACAGCUGAGUGUGUGUGCAUUAUUUACAAGAGGAAGAGAUGGCAGCAGGAUGCACUAUUGGAAGUAGGCAGACCCAGGUAGUGUAAUACUAUGGGAAAUGUUCUGCUGGGAAACCUUUGGUUUGGGAGGUCAUGUGACACAUUAAGAUGUAUCACAUAAAUAUUGUUGCACACCAUGUAUAUUUCAUGGCAGGGUAUUCUGAAAUGACAAUGGGCUCUUUCAGCAAACUAUGCUGCAAUAUCAACUGCAAUGUUCAGAAAAGUUGACUAAUAUAACAAAAAUUUGAUGGUUUUAAUUUGGUCAUUAAAUUCCCUUAUUUUACUCACAUGAGAUCUGUGAUUUGGGAUGUGCCAGUUUAAAGUAAAACAAAAAACCAAAACAACUGUUAAUGUCUUCAUGCCUGACAACCCAGGAGGUCUCGUGGCGUUCAUUCAUCGACUGCUCAGAGCUGUUUUAGCAAGAGGGGAGCACAAAAUUAGACACUGUUGUGGCUGAAUGGUAUAAGUUUGUAUUGGCAAUUUUUGUAAAUCACUUUUACCACAAAAGCUGUUUUGAGUAAAAACAAAACAAAACAAUGUUAAUAAUUUUGGAGGUGCAUUGUUCAAUAAAUUUUUUACA